AUGGAUGUGGAUGAGUCCACUGUGUCCCGGGCAUCACUAGAUGAUCUAUACCUAGGGCCAGAUGAUGACAUAGAAUAUGAUUCUCCAUCAUCCGGAUCACUGGAUGUCUUGGCUGCAAUACCCAAUCAAUCACCUCUGGCUCAAGCUGAUCAUCCAGGUUUUCUCAUUGAUCCAGACUUGUACCUUGGGCCUGAGGAUGAUAUCAUCGAUGUGGAUGAGUUGCCGGAUUCUGCCAAUCCUAAGAUUGAUGUUCCGGCUGCUCAGAAGCGUCUAUGUCAUUCAGAGCAGCUGGAGCUCACUAACAAAGAUUUACAUUCAAUGGCCUGGGAGUUCCGACCAUUUGGGUCAUAUGAACACACCGGGUUGCAAUCUGUUCAAGAACAACUUUGUCAUAUGCCAUUCCAGACUCUCAACUCUAAAUCUGCUUCUCCAGAUAUCCAGAUCCGAGAUCCAGAUCUUAAAUGA